GUCGAUCAUAAAAAUUCAUAUUCAGUUUCCCUGAUUGAUUAACACAAUAUUUUUGUUAACGGGUCAUUUUCUACUACUGUAAACAACGAGAAUGGCGUUGCUUUCAUUCACUAUUACCUGGUUACUGCUUUUUCAACAGAACAUAAAUGCCGAAUACUACACUGCUGUUAUUGAUAUAACGAAAGCAUGGAGGUUAAGUCAAGAACUAGUGUCCGAUCUAAAUUCUUACAUUGCCCUUGAAGAGAGACGUCUUAAUCGUAUUCGGAAAGUUGUCAAAGUGUUGGAUGCUAAUGGAUCAAUUAGUGACGCCUCGUCAACACUAAGUCAACAGAAUAAUGACCUAGAAGAAUAUUUAGGCAAUCCGAUUAAUGCUUAUCUUACAAUGAAGCGUCUUUCAUCAAGUUGGAAAUCACAAAUCAGUCAACUUGUUGACAAUGUACCAAACGGUUUUCAGAAGGGUGAUACUGAUGGGUCAGACUAUUUAAAUAUUUCUGAUGCUCAAAACACAACCACAAUGAAUACAAUUCGAUCACGUGUUAAACAACAUACAGAUAUGCUACCUGGUGAUAAUGAUGUCAGUGGUGCAGUAGAUGCAAUUCUACGCUUACAGUCUACAUAUAAACUACCAGCUAGACAGCUUGCUUACGGUCAGUUAAUUGAUAAUCUGUCAACUCCUCAACUGAGUGCUGCUCAAUGCUUGGAAGUAGGUAGACAUGCCUAUUCACAGGGCGAUUUUGAACAAUCAGAAGAAUGGUUUCGUGUAGCCUAUGAUCGGUUAUUUGAUGAAUUAGAACAGAAAAAAGAGGUUGAUGCACAAGGAACUACCAUCGCAAGUGACGAAACUGAAGAAAAUGGAGAAACUGAACCGACAGUUGGACAAAUUUUAGACUAUCUUGCCUAUUCUCUUGGACGACAAGGAAGAUAUGCUGAAGCACUGAACGUGACACGUUUGCUAAUCGAAGAGGAACCGACAAAUACAAGGGCUAUCAAUAAUGAAGCCUUCUAUGUAGAACAAAUAGACAGAGGUGAAGGAAGAAUAGGUCCAAAUCCUCGUUCUCAAGCUACAUCGAAGCACGAUCAAGAAACUGAGCUAUACGAAUCAUUAUGUCGUAAUGAAAAUCCCUUCCCUACAGUCCCAUCACGUCACCUAACAUGUCAAUAUUAUACUCCUCAUGCGUUUUUUAGAAUUGGUCCAAUUAAGGAGGAAACUUUAAACCCUGAUCCACGUAUUGUAAUGUGGUACGAUUUGAUUUUCCCAUCGGAGAUUGAAAAAAUCAAAGAACUGGCUACACCAAGACUCCGUAGGGCGACGGUUAAAAAUCCAGUAACUGGCAACUUAGAGGUAGCAUUUUAUAGAACCAGUAAAAGCGCUUGGCUUCCUCAUUCUAUGACUGAAAUUACUGACCAGAUAAGUCAGCGUAUACGAGCUGUUACAGGUUUGUCCCUUGAGACUGCUGAAGAUCUACAAGUCGGUAAUUAUGGGUUGGGUGGACAUUAUGCUCCACAUUUUGAUUUCGGUCGAAAAAGAGAAAAGGACGCAUUCGAAGUUAAAAAUGGGAACAGAAUAGCUACAAUUAUUUUUUAUUCCAUCUAUACUUUGGUGUAACACACAAUCACAUCAAACUUAUCAAUUUAUCCAAGUCUCCCACUGAGUAAGUGAAGGUGAUUUCUACUCUUUAGUUAUUAUUUACUUCUAUGUGAAUUUUCAGUGAUAAUCAUAUCUGUUAUGAUAUAGAAGUGUAUGUCCAGCCAAAACAAAAAAGAGCUGUAUAAGAACUCAUUCUGAGAUCUAACUGUCACUGGGAUGAGGAACAAUUUUUCGAUCAGUUUAUAAUUACGUGAAAAUUCUUCCAAGUUUCUUUCUUUUCCAUUUAAAAAUUUCACGAUUUCUAAAUAAUUGGUCAAGGCUUAUGUUACAUACUCAACAUGAAAUUCUGAAUGUUGAUGAUUUAAACGUCAGCUCUUUUUAUACUUCUAGUUAUCUGAUGUACAAGCAGGAGGAGCCACUGUAUUUAACCGUAUCGGUACACGUGUAGUCCCUAAAAAAGGAGCUGCUGGUUUCUGGUUUAAUCUUUUGCCUAGUGGAGAAGGUGACCUACGAACUAGACACGCUGCUUGCCCAGUUUUAGCUGGCUCGAAAUGGGUAAUGAAUCUAUGGUUUCAUGAACGCGGUCAAGAAUUUCAUAGGCCAUGUGAAUUAGAGCGUGGGGCAAUUGAAACAGAUGAUGGUUUUUAAAUAUAAUCCAGCUUUGUUCCUUUAAAAAUUAUGCAUCUACUCAAUUAUUUGUUCGUUGUUUCGUUUUAUAUUCAUUAUGUCACUACUAACUAAGCUAAGCAUUGAUGAUUUUGUUAAAUCACUUUCGAAAUGUUUAUUUUCAUUCAAAACAAUAAAUUAGCACAUUAGUGAAUACUUCAAUGUGUAAAAUAUAAUCAAUUUUAAUCG